AUGAAAUGCUACUCAACGCAUCGAACAGCACUGUGCUUUGAGCGACUUCUACCGGUAACAAGACAGCACACCCUAUCACAACCCAAGUUGCACAGCUAUCCUAAUCAUGCUUUCCUCAGCGCGCGUGUCGUGCCGCGCAGCAAACACAGUGUAUUCCAGCUCCUUCGUAUUCGACUCAAUGCGCAUCCCACGGGAGAAGCGAGGACUGUUCACCUCCACCACCGCUUGCUUGCAACCAACCGAAUCGCAAUACGUGCUCAUUCUCAUCGCGUGCCCGUGGAACAAGACCAUGUGACCACGUGUGGCACAACUGUUGUUCUCAUCGCAUAG